AUGACUGAGGAGACAGCAAGGGAGUCAAAGCAAACGGAGAAGGGAAUCCAGUGGCAUGCGGACGUGAAGCGGAAGGAAUUCCGAAGCAGCUUGACAUCAUGGCGGAGAAAUGCGAACAAAUUGAGAACUCUGCUUUGCGAUGAAGAGGAAACUUCAAAUGUCAAGCUACAAAGAGACGCGUCACAACAGGCUAUGGACAAAGCCAUCGAAAUACAAGAAACUCUUGCCAAGUUUCUGUCGACAUCGAAUCUGCCCGAUGACAGCACCGAACAGCUUGAGAAUGCUGAAAUAGAACAUGCCGCUCUAAUGAGACUAACCCAUGAGCGGAUACUUGCGUUGAGAGGAGAUAUUGCUUCAUCAGCUGCUUCCCUCAAAUCUAGUUCAGCCGGAAGCAAAUGUCAACAGUGGGUGAACUUACCUGCUCAUGGUGAAGAACCCCCCGUCGAGAAUGACUUUGCAGAGACAGCAAAUCAGGAAAUGGACUCACCGAAUCCAACUCCUGAGAAUGAAUCCAGCCCUUCACCCCCAAACACCGACCCACUGACCACCCCUACAGAGAACGGACAGUUCACUUCGCCAACUUGCGACAUGAAGUCACCGACAGAUGACGCAAUUAAAACUCUAACAGGGAGCCUGCUGGAGCAGUUGAAAAUGAACCGAUUGCCCCCACCUGAACCAAUCGUCUUCUCCGGUGAUCCCAUGCAGUACAUCACAUGGAAACAAGGCUACGACAUUCUCAUCGAGCACCGUGGUGUACACGUACCCCCAGCCGAACGUUUCUUCUACCUGAAGAAAUAUCUCAAGGGCGAGGCACUAGACCUGGUGCGUGGCUUCUCCCUUGUCAAUGAUGAAUCCGCAUACAAAGAAGCGAAGAGGGCUCUUGACAAACGAUACGGUGAUCCCUUCAUAGUGUCCAAUGCAUUUCGAGACAAGCUGGACUCGUGGCCGACUGUGGCCCCCAAAGAUGCAUUCGGACUGAGACGACUAUCGGACUUCCUCCGCCAGUGCAAAACAGCCAUGGAGAAGAACGGUAACCUCAACCAUCUCAAUGACGAGAGAGAAAACAGAAAGAUUUUGGCCAAACUACCAGAUUGGUUGAUCGGGAGGUGGGGACGCACCGUUGCCAACUGGAAGGAGAAGAAUGGAAGCUACCCACCCUUUCAAACAUUUGCCUCCUUUGUAGAAAAGGAAGCUAACAUCGCCUGUGAUCCUGUAACGUCUGUCCACAGUCUAAGGGAAGAACGGUAUGACAGGAAGAGAUCACAUGCUGGUGCAAGGUCAUUUUCAACUAGCGUGUCAACUGAUAGACCCCCCAAGCAACAACCUGAGUACAAGGCCCGCCCCCAAACCUGUGUGCUGUGCAAGAAAUUGCACAACCUGGACAACUGUGAAGUGUUUGCAGCAAAGACCCUUCAAGAUCGAAAGGUCUACAUCAAAGAAAGGGGUCUCUGCUUUGGAUGUCUUCGACCAGGCCACAGAUCAAAGGAUUGCCGCAGAAGAAGUGUGUGUGCAGUUUGCAUGAAGCGACAUCCAACCCUGCUGCAUGGUGACAGGUACCAGACCGACCAACCAACCGUGAACUUAGAGAAACCUGAGAACCACACCUCACUAAGCUCACACACUACUAGUGUUUGCCAUCUCAACUCAAACAAGGACAUUGCGAAAAGUACCAUGGUAGUCCCAGUUUGGUUGUCACAUCGAUCAGCACCUGACGAGAGGAUGGUCUAUGCUCUCCUCGAUACCCAAUCAGAUACAUCGUUCAUCCUUGAGUCCACCAAGACUGCGAUGGGACUGAAAGGUGUCAAGGUAAACCUCUUCCUCUCUACAAUGACCAGCAAAGACGAAAGAAUCCCCAGUGAGAGAAUAGAAGGACUUGCUGUUCGUGCUCACAACAGCGAUAAGAAAAUCCCCCUCCCUGCGACCUACUCAAGAAACAUCAUGCCUGCGAACAGAAGUCACAUCCCUAAUCCUGAUAUGGCAAGCUCACAUGCACAUCUCUCUCGACUACAGGAGCACCUGCUUCCAGUGCAGCCAUGUGAGAUCGGUCUUCUUAUUGGAUAUGACUGCACGAAAGCCUUGGCCCCACGGGAAGUUAUCCCACCAAUUGAUGACGGGCCUUAUGGUCUGAAAACAGACUUGGGAUGGAGCAUUGUUGGUGUGAUGAAGCCUGAUGAGUACGAGAGCUGUGUAGAUGACAAGAUCGGCUUCAGUCAUCGUUUGACAGCCUGCGAACUUCCAGCAGACCUGACCCACAACUGCGAAACUACAAAGAGUCAAGUAGUGUUCACCCAAGGUAUAACAGCAAAGGAGGAAAUAAGCCCCCUUCAAGUUACACGCUUGCUGGAAGCUGACUUCUGUGAAGCAAGGGAUGACAACUCAUCAUUUUCACAGAAUGAUGUCCGGUUUCUGAGCAUUAUGAAGGAGACCAUCCACCUCACAGAAGAUGGCCACUAUGAGACAGCAUUGCCUUUCAAGAACGGUGAACCCAACCUACCAAACAACAAGUUCAUGGCGAGCAAGAGACUUGGACACCUUAGAAGCAAAUUUGAACGAGAUAGAGAGUACCAGCAGAAGUAUUCCAAGCUCAUGGACGCACUCAUUGCUGACGGGUAUGCUGAGCCAGUGCCCAACAUCGUUCACCGUGAUAGUCCCGCUUGGUACAUCCCACAUCAUGGAGUCCAGCAACCUAACAAGCUGAGAGUUGUUUUUGACUGCAGUGCGCAGUACAAGGACGAAUCGCUCAACUCUCACCUGCUUACAGGACCAGAUCUGACAAAUAAACUGGUAGGAGUGCUCUGCAGAUUCAGACAAGAAAAUAUCGCAUUCAUGUGUGAUGUUAAGGAGAUGUUUCACCAGUUCAGGGUCAUUGACAACCAUAGAGAUUACUUGAGGUUCCUUUGGUGGCCGAAGGGAAACUAUCAUCAACCGCCAGGUGAAUUCCGCAUGAAGGUACAUCUGUUUGGAGCAGGGUCUUCCCCCGGAUGUUCCAACUUCGCACUCAAGCAACUAGCCAGAGAUCAUGUGUCAGAGUUCGGCAGAGAAGUGACGGAUUUUAUACUUCAUGACUUCUAUGUUGAUGAUGGGCUAAGGUCUGUCAAGUCUGAGAAGGAAGCCAUUGACAUGAUAUCCGGAACCAGACAACUCUGUAAGAAGGGAGGUCUCCAUCUACACAAAUUUGUCUCAAAUUCGAGGGAGGUACUCAAUUCAGUACCGGCUGAGGAUCGAGCAAAGGGCAUCAGAGAGGUCAAUCUCCUUCAUGACGAUCUUCCAAUAGAGAGAGCACUGGGAGUGCAAUGGUGCAUCGAGUCAGACUCAUUCAACUUCAGGAUCACGCUUCAAGACAAACCCCUUACCAGAAGAGGCAUACUAUCCACCGUCAUGUCAGUCUACGACCCGCUGGGCUUACUAGCACCUGUCGUGCUGGUUGGCAAAGAAAUCCUGCAGGAACUGUGUAGAGAGUCUGCCGGGUGGGACGACCCACUUACAGAGGCGCUGAGGGUGAGAUGGGAAAGGUGGAGAAAUGACAUGGGAAAUUUGCAGUCACUGUCCAUAAAGAGAUGCUACAAACCUGCUGACUUCGGUGAGGUACAGACGGCCCAGCUGCAUCACUUCUCGGAUGCCAGCACCUGCGGUUACGGCCAGUGUUCCUACUUGAGACUUACCAAUUCCGAGGGAAGAGUACACUGCACGUUAGUGAUGGGGAAGUCUAGAGUUGCACCACUGAAGCCUGUGACGAUACCUCGCCUCGAAUUGACUGCCGCCGUAGUCUCCGUCAGAGUCAGCUCAUUCCUGAAGAAGGAACUUAAUCUCAACUAUGAGGAGUUCUUUUGGACAGAUAGUAGUGUGGUUUUGGGAUACAUUGGCAAUGAUUCAAAGCGUUUCCACGUUUUCGUCGCCAACAGAAUCAGGCUGAUCAGGGAUGUAUCCUCUCCUUCACAAUGGCGUCAUGUUGACACAAAGGAUAAUCCGGCUGAUGCAGCAUCCCGGGGCUUGACAGUACGCCAACUCAUUGAGACACCGCUGUGGCUUGCCGGACCAGAAAUGCUGUGGAGGGAGAAAAUUCCAAGGUGCGAUGAUCAGUCGAGCUUCAAGGUGAGACAAGACGACCCAGAGGUGAAGAAGAGUCAAGCUCUUGCGACCAGUACCAACCAUCCUGUCUUCGAGUUGGACCGCUUGAACCGCUUCUCCAACUGGUACCAUGCAAAAAGAGCAGUCGCAAAUUGUCUGCGCUUCAUCUCUCGCCUGAAGAGACGUUGUGUGGUGAAGCAUCGUCCACCAGUUGUAAAUGCAGCCCCAGUACCACCUGUUGAAAAAACAGUCACGGUUGAAGAUCUGCAUCAGGCCGAGUUGCUGAUACUAAAGCAACUGCAGAAGGAGUCCUUUGCUGAUGAGAUUUCUAUCCUCGAAUCCCUGAGAAAUGAUGGUGAAACCGAAAGACAAACCAGACGCCGUGUGAAGAAUGCCAGCCAUCUCCAACGCUUGGAUCCCUUUCUUGACAAAGAAGGAAUGCUGAGAGUGGGAGGCCGCAUAAGAAGAUCCGACGAGUCCUUUGAAACCAAACACCCAGCGAUUCUACCCCAAAGGCAUCAUCUGACGGAGUUGGUGAUCAGCCAUUAUCACCAGCAGACCGCCCACCAAGGACGAGGGAUGACGCUCAACUUGCUGAGAGCAAGCGGCUUUUGGGUAAUAGGAGGUAAUGGCGCAGUCUCCAGAAUUAUCAGAGGGUGCAUAACCUGCCACAGACUUCGCAGCUCAGCACAGACACAGAAGAUGGCAGAUCUGCCCCAUGAUAGGAUCACACCAGCACCACCGUUCACUUAUUGUGGAAUGGACUGUUUCGGGCCGUUUCUGAUCAAGGAGGGUAGAAAGGAGAUGAAAAGGUACGGCCUUCUUUUCACUUGCAUGGCCUCAAGAGCUGUACAUAUUGAGAUUUUGGGUUCAUUGAGUACUGACGCCUUCAUCAAUGGCCUCCGAAGGUUUCUGGCUUUGCGUGGUCCAGUACGCCAACUUCGAUCGGACAGAGGAACAAAUUUCAUUGGAGCAGAAAAUGAGUUUGAGAAAGCUUGGGCCAAGGUUGAUCACCAGAAGGUUAGAGAAUUCCUGUUGAGAGAUGGAUGCGACUACGUGCAGUUCAACUUCAAUUUUCCUUCUGCGAGCCACAUGGGCGGGGCAUGGGAACGACUUAUUCGGUCCACCCGCAGCAUCCUACAAACCUUGAUGCAUCAGUCUGGCCUUCAGCUCGAUGAUGAGUCUCUGCGUACAUUCCUGAAACUUCCAGCGAGAGGACUUGUAUUCGACAAAGCGAUGGAGGAGGGUGCAACAUCUCAUCAAUGA